UUAGACUCCCUGUGGUGGGGGCCGUUGGGGGUUGUGCGGGUUGCUCUGGCGCCGGCCAGUGGCUGCCCCUCCUCCCCGCCUGCUCGCGGGGCCGCCGCUGAUGGCUUAGUCGGAGUUCAGGCCCACUGAAUUCGAGGAGGCUUAUUCCUAGGGAGAAUGCAGUACAUUGCAGUCAUAACGUGGCCUUUCAGUGGAAGGAAGUCGUAUAAGGUAGCCAUCUGCGAACAACUGAGAUUCAGACCACGAUCCACACGCUGCUCACACUGGGCUGCUUGCGAGUUCUAGCUCAUCCUUACCACUGAGACCUCACAACUCCUGAAAAAUCACUCCUGAGGAUCAAGGGUCCCACCAGAAUGGUAUGAGAUGGAAUAAUGAGGCUGGAAGACUUCUGAGCCAAGACAGAGGCAUCAGCAGAAUCUGGAAAGACGAUUCUGCAAUAGAGUGCCUGAAACGGAAAAAAGACUACAUCUUAGAAGAAAGCAAGAUGGAUAAGAAAGCAUUUGAGAUGGUGCUUGAUGAAAUUAGAAAGGCGGUGUUGAUGGAAUACAAAUUAAAAGCUAUUGAAUACGUACAUGGAUACUUUUCUAGUGAACAGAUUGUUGAGUUACUGAGAUACUUCUCUUGGGCUGAACCACAAUUAAAAGCUAUGAAGGCAUUACAACAUAAAAUGGUAGCUGUUUCUGCAGCAAAAGUGGUUAACAUCCUCAACUGUUUCACUUUUAGCAAAGACAAACUUAUUGCACUAGAGCUGUUGGCUUCCAAUAUUAUUGAUGCUCAGAAUUAUCGCCUUAUUGAAGAUCUAUUCAGAACUAGCAUGUCUGAAAAAAAGAGGUGCAGAAGAAUUCUUGAACAGGCUUCCAAAGCAGGGUGCAAAGCACCUCAUGCUAUGAUAUCUUCCUGUGGUAUGAUUCUUGGAAACCCCUAUCCUAAAGGGAAGCCCAGUCGCAUAAAUGGAGUUUUCCCAGGAUCUCCUGUCAAAAAGGAGAAUGAAGACUAUAGUAAUGAAGGCAAGGGAAUAGCAGGUCGUAUUCUUGGACCAUCUAAACCAGCUCCAGCAACAUACAACCCACAUAAACCUGUUCCUUACCCUAUUCCUCCUUGUCGCCCUCAUGCAACAAUUGCACCAAGUGCUUACAACAACGCAGGUCUUGUUCCCCUGGCUAAUGUCAUAGCUCCUGGUUUGCCAGCUCCACCGCCAUAUAUGCCUAGUCAUGUAGGAACAGGUAAAGCAGAAAAUGAAGAAAUUUCCAAUCAGGCAAAACCUUCCCAAAGCCAAGCUUUUGCUACACAAACGAAUCAUCUCUUUACACCUCAUGGUUCUAACCCUGCUGCUUCUCCAGCCCCAACCCCAUCAUCUGUUAAGGCAAUAAGCCAUUCAUCAGCACUUCCAUCUCCAACUGUCCCAGGGAUAAGCAUGUCCACCCCUGUCCACCCUGUCUUCCCUGGGCAAGUUAUCUCUGUUCAUCCUCCCCAGCCCUCGCCUCCCACCCCUCCUGUCAUCAAAUCCCACCCACUGCCUGGUGUUCCUGCAACAUCUGCUCACUGUGCAACUUCCACUCCACUCUCUACAACUUUCUCAGGGCUGGCUUCUGUUCUGCCUGCUGCAGCAGCUCCACAAGGGCUCGCUACACCAUGUGCUACUUCUGCACCUAAUGAAACUUUUGCAUCUUCCUCUGUUCCAUUUGCAAGCCUGCCUUUUUCCACAGCAUCUGUCACAGCUUCAGCUAAUAAUCCUAAUUCAUUGUCAUCUACUUUUUCUGGCCUGCCUUUGUCCUUGACGCCCACUCCACAGGGGAUAGCUAGUCCUGUUCCUUCUGCCAUUGCUGGUUCUCCAGCAACUAGCCUGCCAUGUCCCCUUAACUUUCCUAGCCCACUUCUGUCUGUCUUAAAGGGGUUUCUGUCAGUAAAUGAUAGUUCAGUAAUGAAUUCAGCUGCUCUGCCUUCUGCUGUGACUGCUGAACUUGCUUCUUUGUCUGGUCUUGCUAGCCAGAAUUCGGAAGCCUCCUCUUCAUCUGGUAACAAAUGUUACACUCCAACUGCUACCUCUGCUCUUCAGCAUCCUUCGACUUCAGGGCUGUCAAUUUUCCCAGGACUCCCAUCUCAGCCUGGAGCUAACAGUAGCGCAACUCCUCCUGUAUUGCCAGCACAGCCCCCUUUAACCACGUUGCCAUCUUCUCUUAUGCCAGUCAGCUGUGUCUCCUCAGUUGCUCUUCCACAUUGUCCAAGCCCUGCUAAUCCUGAAAAGCAGGGCUCAUCUACCCCAGUUGCCACAGCAGUCCCAGCUCUAAUUAAAACCGAGCCCACAAGCCCGACCCUUUCAGGUUUCAAAGCCCCUGCACAUUCUGCCGGGCCAACUCAUAGCACUUCAGGCUUGUCAGCACUUGGCCAUGCAUAUACCUCAGCUACUUCAUUGCCAGGCAGCUUACCUAGUUCCCUUAAUCCAGCACUAUCCAGCCUAUCCUCCUUCAGUGCUCCAUUAAACAGCUCCCCUUCCAUUGCCCCGCAUGGUUCAUCAGCACCAAUAGCUCCAGUAUAUAACGCACUUCCUCCUUUCACUUCACUCACUAGCAGUUUUGCUUUUACAGGCAACCCAGCACUUACCCCAACAGGGUCUUUGUUGCCCAUUACGCCUACGACUACAUCAGCCAUUUCUGCACCUCAUGUGAGCUCCACAACCACUGUUCUCCCCACACUCAUUGCUUCGGCAGCUGCGCCAGCUCCACCGUUUCCCCUUAACUUGUGCAGUGCUGUCCCUUCCCUUUUUUCUGUUCCUCAAGUACCUCUAGGAUCAUGCAGCUCAUCCUUCCCUCCUUUCCCUGUCUCUAACACUCCCUCUGUCACUCCUGCUCUCCCUUCUUUCCCUGGGCUCCAGGCAUCUUCUACAGUAGCAGCAGUCGCACCACUGCCAGCAGCUGCCACAGCCCCAUCUCCAGCUCCAGUACUACCAGGGUUUGCCUCGGCCUUUAGCUCAAACUUCAACUCUGCACUUGUUGCACAGGCUGGCCUGAAUUCUGGGCUUCAGGCCCCUGGAAAUACAGUUUUCCCAGGACUCCUGUCUCUUCCUGGCAUCCCUGGACUUGCCCAAAGUGCUACACAGUCUUCUCUACAGGAACUUCAGCACAGUGCAGCUGCACAGUCAGCAUUACUGCAGGCACACACUGCAUCUGCCCUGGAGAGCUACACAUCUCAAUCAGACAGUUUUACUACAUAUCCCCCAGCACCAGGGACACCUGGAACACCUUUUUCAUUGCAAGCAAGUCUUCCCCAGAGUGGAUGGCAAUAAAUAACAUCCAUUUCAUGUACAGAGAGACCUUUCUGCAAAGAAUGCUGUGGUAGUUUGGCAAAGUCACUGAUGAUGCAUUCAUUGAACGUUUAAAGAAAAGAAUUCUUGACUCAAUGUGGAGUACCCAAGAGGAGGAGAUGGAUUCCAAGUAAUAGUUUCUGACAGGCUACAAAAAUGGAUUACUGUUUACUUUUUAUCAAAACUCUUAUGAAGCACUGAGUGUCCUUCUUUCUCUUUUAGGUAAUAUUGAGGAUAUUUGGAUCCUCACAGGAUCUUUUAAUGUGCAAAUGUCUGACACAAUUUUUUUAAUGUCUUUUCUGGGAAACAGCAUUGCAUCGGUUUUCAGGAUUUUAUCUCUGCAGUAUCAUGUGUGGUAUGUGUAUCCUGCAUUGUCUACAGUCAGUUCCAGUUCCCCUUUUUCAUCUCAUUUCCCACACCCUUUCCUAUUCAUGGCUGCUGAAAUAUAUCACAGAAAUAUUUAUCAUCUUGUCCAUAUUCUUUACACCUACAUGCAACCUAACCUCCAUCAAUAUUUCUUUAGCCUUCUAGGAUGCUAGGGACUCUUCAAAUCCAGAUAGGUAUUCAGUUUUUUAAAAAUAAACUUUGUGCAAGUCCAGAUUAAGUGCACAUUUCCUUUAGGUCAUUAAAUAUAUUUUACAGAUCAAGAUUGGUGUUCUGUGAUUAACAUUUUUUGUGUGUCAUUCAUGAACAAAGCAUUGGUAACAACAGCACUAGUGUAUGAAAUGUCAUGUCAGAUGCCACCUAACGUGUCAAAGACCUGCUGAUUUGUGAACCAAGUACUUGAUUUUUAUUGUUAAAACAAACACAUGAUGCAGAUAAGAAUGAAUUCUUGGGUUAAACUUAGUAAAUGCAAACACACACAUACAGUUGGAACUUGGGUUCUGAUACCGUCGUUGCCCAGUGUCACUCCAGGUUAUGCCAAGCAUUUAAAGACCAAUUUUUCAUUCUAGCUAGGAAUUAUAAAAUACAAAAUAUGCUCUUGCUGUGUCAAUUAAGUGCUCUAUACUGUUUAAUAUCUUUAGUGAUGAGUAGAAAAAUCCCCAAUCAUCUCUUUUUAAGGAGUCAUUUUUAAGGAGUCUAGAUCUGCAGUAGCGGUAUAAUACUUGGCUUUCUUUCUAAUGUGAAUUCUAUGAAAGAUUUUGUUGCGGUUGCAUAGUUUAACAUAUUUUUUGUCUGAAGAUGGAAGUCUACUGGAUAGUAUUACUGAUGUAGAGGAUUUCCACAAUGACAGGCAUGAAUAACACUAGAGUGUGUGUGUGUGUGCGUGCGCGUGUGUGCGUAUAUAAUCUGUAUUUUUAUAAUGUUUUUUAAAAUAAAAUGUGUAGCAGUGGCACACAUGUUUCUAAACUAGACCUGAAUAAAGUUAUUUAGAAAAA